AAAAAAAAAAAAAAAAAAAAAAAAAAAAGGCUUCGCCGUACCGACGCCGACAGGACCGACGCCCGCGAGCAGUACGAGUUGAAGCAUGAUCGGGCAUAGCCAACGGAAAAAUAAUGCAGCACGAUAGCAGAUUGUGGGCAUUUAUUCCCUACGCUCGCCAUUAUCCUCUCUUCUCCCCCCUUCUUUCCUUUCACACCUUCACAGUCAAACACAAUCCACUUCAUUCCGAACAUCACCUACCUACCCACAUUGACUACCAAUCCCAAAGUUCACUUUAUCACAUCACAAACGACCAGACGAUCAACAACAACAACGAAACUCGACUUCCAACAAUGAAGCUCGACACGUUCAUCAUUCCUGUGCUGGCAGCCGCUGCCGCACUAGGCGUGUACGCAGUGUCGACUCAACAACAUCCUCUUUCGGAAACUGGCGGAUGGUUGAAGGCUUCAAACCUGUCAAAUGGCCUGCCAGAAGAUGCACAGACAAAACAGCGGAGGGAUUGGCCCCCGAAAGAUUUCGUAAGGCCGGAUUGGCCUGAGUGCCCCGAGUUCAACAAGGGGAGCUUCGACAUCAAGCAUCCUAAACUGUACUCAACCAGUGCCGCCUGGGACGGCAACAACUGCGUGCUACUCGUUGGUUCACAGGUGACGCCCGAGGUAAUUGUCUACGACCCCUACAACGACCACGUCGUCCGCGUCGUCGAGAUCCCAGACAUCGCCCACAACACAGAUUACUACAUCUCAAGCGUCCACUGGGACUGGUACACGGGCCUCUGGACCUUUCUCGCCACCAGCCGCCGCGCGGAGGAGACCCACGGAGCCGAUGUGUCGGGCAACAACUAUGUCAUCAAGUACGACGUCUACAAGAACGCAUUUGUCUGGAAGGUCAACCUGGAAGCCGUAACCAGCCACGGCAAAUUCGGCGGCUUCUACGGCCUCGAGACCGACUUCCAAGGCAACACCUACGUCGCCGGCACCUACCGUAGCACCAUCAUCCGCAUCCUCCCCGACGGCCAGUUCGUGAAGUUCUGGUGGUUGGAACACGCAGACCACCUAGAUCAGGGCAUCCGCGGCCUAGCCGCCGUCCACGACUUCAACCGGCUCCUCACCCACAACGCGGAGGGCCUCAUCGCCCCCUUGGACAUGGGCCAGGAGUUCGGCCAGUGGCAGCCCGACUGGCUGGUCGACACGAACAUGAAGAUCGCUGACGUCCAGGGCAUCGCGCUUCCGCAAAAGUACACGAGCCACGUGGCCCUGCUGACCUCCCCCUCGCAGGGCGUCCAGGUCGUCCAGGCCAUGGGAUACCUGUGGCAGACGGAAGACUGCUUGAACGACCGUCAUGCGGUUCAGCACACCUUUACCGUGAUCCCUGCGCCGGCUGCCGUCACGGCCGAGAAUGGAUAUCCCUAUGACACGGUGCAGGUGGGGUCUAACAGUAUUUUCAUGCUGUUUGAGUACAAGGACAGGCACAAGAAUGGGGAUGAGUCGGUCUGGCAUUUUGAGGAUAUCACGCAGGCGAUUGAGCAGAACUUGGCGCUGAAGCAUAGCCCUGAUGGGUUCACGGGCUGGAAUGAUCCGAAUAUUUGGCCUGAUGCUGAUGAGAUUCGUUUGAAGAAGGACGUGCCGGAGGGAUGGCACUUGAAAAUUGGAACGGAGGAUUAGAAUUGCGGGGAUAAGUGAAUCAACGUGCCGCUCGGCUGGGCUAUGUACUACGAGUGGCGAUUGAGAUACUGGACUUUGGAUACCUCUAGGGUUGAAAAGGGCAACAUGGCUGCUGGGUGGUAUUGUGCUUGUCAUGGGUUUGGGAAACAGAAGAGAAGGAGCUUGAUAUUGCGUUCACACCACAGCGAAGGAAGCUAGUCUUCUACGACAAUCACAAAUCUACGCUUCACACACA